AUGAAUAGUAAUAUAUCACGUGAUCAUUCUGAAGGCUCCGUUCGGGAGCGAUUCCGCCCGCCGCGCCUUAAUGAUGACCAAAACGGGCGCUCUCGAGUCUUGCUCCCAUUCAAUCCUAACCAGCAGCAGUCUGACACAUUCACCCAAACGUCCUGCAAGAUGGCCGCUGCAAUCAAAGCAAUCAAUGCGAAGAUCCGAUCCAACAAGGUCGCCGACUAUGUCUGCUCAACACGUAAGUCCGGCAUCCAGCUUUUGUCCUUCCAAACCCAUUCCCGAGAUCGGCCGCAUCAAGCUGCGGUUGAGAUACAGGACAUACACACGCCCUACAUUUCCCCAGACACUGCAUUGCGCCUAAAUGUAACUACGAAAUUUGAAAAGCAAUGGCUAACUAUACACCUCUCUCAAGACUUCUGGGGCCCUGUCUCCAACUUCGGUAUCCCCGUUGCAGCUGUGAUGGACACACAGAAAGACCCGGAAAUAUGUAUCAACUGUAUCAGCUGCAUCUCUGGCCAAAUGACCGGCGCCCUGGUCAUCUACUCCGCAACCUUCAUGCGCUACGCUCUCGCCGUUUCCCCUAAGAACUACCUCCUCUUCGCCUGCCACGCCAUCAACUUCUCCGCCCAGUGUACACAGGGAUACCGUUAUCUGAACUACUGGAAGUAUGUGGCUAUCGAUCUUCUCUCCUCAGUGCUUUCCCACCAUCAUUUGGCAACUUUUUGUCGAUUGAGUGAUGUCUUGCUAACCGCUAUCGUAGCUGGGGAGGCCGCGAAGCUGCUCUUGCUGCGAAGGCUGCGCAGAAGGGUACGGAGGCUACCGAGGCAGCAAAAUAGAAUGAUGAGUGGAAAAGGGUGGUUAUUGGUGAUCUGGCAUCCCUUGUUACCUAUAAAUUUAUCAUAG